AUGGCCAUCUCCGCAGAUGCAGCUGUUGUGGAACUUCUUGAUAGCAGUAACUAUGUGGAUUGGAGUGUAUUGGUUAAAAAUUACUUGUUGGCUCAAGACCUUUGGGAUGCAGUGGAAGAAGAAUAUGAAGACGACGAUGAAGAAGAAGAAGAAGAAGAAGCUGAUGAUAAGUUCAAAGCUUGGAGGAAGAAGAAUGCCACGGCUUUACAUAAAAUCCAAGUUUCGUGCGGGCGGAAAGCUUUUUCCCUCAUUAGAAACGCCACUUCAGCCAAACACGCUUGGGAUACUUUGGCAGAAAAGUUCAAGCCAAAAAAACCACCAAUAAGAAUGGUGAAAACUGUGGUUCCUGCUGAUGCAAUUGUUGUCGAAGUUCUUAACAAAGAUAACUAUGAGCAUUGGAGUGCAUUGGUUAAAAAUUAUUUGGUGGCUCAAGACCUUUGGGAAGUAGUAGAGGCUACAGCUGAACCUCCUACACCAGAACAAGAAGCAGAAGCUGAUGAUCAGUUCAAGACCUGGAGGAAGAAGAAUGCAACAGCUUUACAUACGAUCCAAGUUUCGUGCGGGCCUGAUGCUUUUUCAAUGAUUAAAGAGAUCAGUUCAGCCAAAAUUGCUUGGGAAACUUUGGCCGAAAAGCAUAUGCCGCAACCAUCACUCCUAAUUAAUUCAUUUGUUCAGUCUGCAAACUCAUCAUCCAACCCAGAUGCUGCAAUUGCUGCCGAGCAUGAUCCGUAUCAACCUUUCUUCGCUGCUGUUAAGCUCGGUGAUUGGCGUAAAGCGAAGGAAUUUCUUACCCGAGAUCCCAAUGCAAUAAGAGCAAGAUCUUCAACAGGAGGGACAGCUCUUCACAUUGCAACCAAGUUCGGACAUGAGCAUAUUGUGGAAGAGUUGGUUCAGUUGAUGACACCGGAAGACUUGGAAAUUCAAAAGCAUACUUCUUGGACAGCUCUUCAUUUUGCUGCAAGAUUAAAUUUCAAAAUGGUUGAAUGCAUGGUUAGAAAGAACAAGAAACUACUUGGCAUUGCUGAAGAGUCCAACGGUCUGACGCCAAUUCUCUUAGCUGCUCAGUUUGACUUAUGGGAUAUCGUUCGUUAUCUCUACUCCCUCACUCCGAUCCAAGACUUAAUGCCAGAGAAUGGCCCUUAUGGAGCUGCGCUUGUUUGCUUUUGUUUACUAGCCAAACAAUUUGAUAUUGCCUGGGAAUUACUUCAGCGUUGCCCACGAUUGGUAAUUACUAAAGAUGUUUGGGGAGUGUCCCCUAUACGUGCAUUGGCUGAUAUACCUUCUGCAUUUCCGAGUGGGACGCCACUCAAAUUCUGGGAAAAGUGGAUCUAUGAUGGCAUACACAUACAACAUCCUCCUGCAAUCCAUGAUGUUCACGUAAAUGUUGAAAAUCUAGAAGAGAAACUGGGCAACCAAAAUAUCAGUUCUUCAGUCUUCGGUUUAACGCAAGGGCCUUCUUCAAGCCUCCGCAAGCUUUUAGGAAUCAACCGCAUAUGUGAAAUGAAAUUGAUCCAUGCUCGAUCCCUAUAUAUUUUGGAUUACAUGUGUGAAGUGGUAAAACAUCUAGACACUCAAGACAUGCAAGAUGGCCUUGUCUAUGAAGCAAUAUUCCAAGCUGUACGAAGUGGGACUAUUGAGUUCGUUAUUCGUUUAUGUAAAGUAGAUCCUGAUAUAUUGUGGCGGACCAAUUCAAUGAGAAGGAACAUAUUUCAAUAUUCAAUUGAGCGUCGCCAGGAAAAAGUAUAUAGCCUCAUAUAUGGGGUUGGUCAAAGAAAUCUUAUUGCAACAUUUGCAGAUGCUUCUGGAAAUGAUAUGCUACAUCUUGCAGGGAUGCUAUCUCCAACUGAAAAACUUGAUCGUAUUUCAGGUGCAGCCUUGCAAAUGCAGAGAGAAAGACAAUGGUUCAAGGAGGUGAAAAGUCUAGUAGUUUUACCCUCCGGAGUGGGAGCUUACAAUAAACAGGGUAUGAGACCCCAUGAACUAUUUACCCAGAACCAUAAUAAAUUGAAGGAAGAAGGAGAAAAGUGGAUGAAAGAUACAGCAACUUCUUGUACGGUUGUAGGUGCUCUCACUAUUACCAUCAUGUUUGCUGCAGCCUUCACAGUUCCUGGUGGAAACAAUGGAGGAACAGGCUUUCCCUUUGUUGAUGUUUUUGGGAAUCCUUACAUCACGAUAUGCAGAAGACGAUUUCCUAAAAUCCUUACCCACAAAGAUGAUAAUCGGCCUUUCAACACUCUUGAUCUCCAUCGCUUCCAUGAUGGUUGCCUUUUGUUCUGCUCUUUUCCUUAUGCUUCAUGA